AUGCGUGAGCAGUGGCCGUUUGGUGGCUUGUCAUGGGCCAUCGCCGAAGCAAAUCAGCAAAGAACUGUCGGUCCUUCUUGGGGGAGGAUCAUCCCGCGGAUGCGGGUGUGGUUUGGCAGCAUUUGUGCUGACAAUUUGCAAGUUGCACUGGUCAAAGGGCAGAAUAUGCAGGCGUCCGAUCAGGGGAUGGGGUGCACUGCAAGGCUCUGGAUCAAGGGGUGGAAUGCGCGGCCGUCCGGAGGGACGCUGGCCGUUGCAGCCACAGGGCAACUGCUGCGGACGAGAGAGACGGGAGAGCGGAUGGGAAUGCAAUGCAGGCUGUGUGUUGGUGACUUGCCUGCGAGAGGGUGGAAGAAGGAAGAAGAAAGACGGGACCAAAUAGAUGAGGCAUGCAGAGCGUUUGCAGUCGAGGUUGAGGAUGAGGGUGAGUGGUGGCGACCGCGAGCUUCCUUUCUGGGUGGCAUGCAGUCUGGCCCAGACGUUCUUGGUGGGGAGGCGUUCAAAGGGCUUACGGGGCUUACAGGGCUAACAGUGGGUGUCCUGGGAGGUCAAAAGGGGGUCUCGGAGGGAUUUGGAGGAUUUAGAGUGGCUUUAGGGGGAUUUUUGGACGGCUUUUACGGGCAAGGGCAACGAUUUCACGAUUUCACUCACUUACAGGGACUUAAAGACGGCUGGGCUAGUGGGCAACAGUGGGCCUUCCCGCCAACUGACACCAGCCGCAUUCUGUUGCUCAACUCAUACCCAGCUGCCGCCUCCCCCCUCCACCAUGGCUUCAUCAAACACAUCCACUCCCACGCCAUCAUCCUUGCUCUCGUCUAUGCAAUGUUGCCCUUUCUCGACUGCCUGAAUGAUACUUGUUGCACAGCCAAACGGCUACCAUGCAAGGCCACGACAUGGACCAUGGGCACAUACGCCACCCUCCGCCCACCAUGCAUCGUUGUCUGGCCCUCCCAACACACUUCCGAAACAUUGCCCACUUGUCUACCUGGCCUCGACCGCCACCGCCAAUCGCCGUUUCAUUGCGGACACCAUCGAGCAACGACAGGGGAAUCCAAGCCGGGGCCAAUCUUCACCAGCCUGCAUCCUCUAGUUACUACGACGCAGGCGCAGAUGCAACGCAACGAGGCGACAUAUCAAUUCCCUGCAUAUUCAAUCGCCGAAAAGAAACAAAAGAAACAAAAGAAACCCUACCCUACAAUACACGGCAUUCUCCUACCUCAACUCGACGACGAUUUAGAGUUUGACUUUGGUAUUUUCUUCAUGGACGACAUGGACGACAUCAAGAUUCCCGAGACUCUGCGCCAUCGUCCACCGUUACCCAGCAGCCGCGACUAUGGGCUCGGCAUCGAGCUCCUCAGCAAACCCACCCCGAGCCGCGAUGAGCGCAACGAUCAUCCCUCUGAGCCUCAGCGUCGCAUGGAUGAACAAGUGUUCAAAGUUGGAAGCCCGCACAGACUAGAGCGCAAACCAUUUGCUGCCUUGUAUCAAGAAUACUGGCAGGAUACCAUGGAUAAUGACCAUGACGAAGAACUCGAAUUCUCCAGCAACUACCUCUUAUCCAAAGCUCCUGGCCGCCAGGUCAAUCUGGCUUGCCACCGCACACGGUGGGUUGUUUACAAGGAGGGUCAGUUUAUCACUUCCAAUGAGAGUAUUGCCCUCCGAAAUGCCGGUCAGCAGGGCUUGCCUGUUCCGAAAAUCUUCUGCCGCGAACGUUUAUACUCUGUUGGUGGCGAGGACGUCUACAGCAUCAAAAUGAGCUACAUUGCUGGCCGGUCCCUAACCAAGAUCUGGGUCACUCUCACUCAUGAGGAGAGAAUCGAAGUCUUUCAUCAAGUCCGGAAUAUGCUUCUGCGUCUUACUAUUCCAGAGAAUGCCCCCGUAAUUAUCGGCAGCUGUGAUGGCUUGGAUAUUCGAGACAGUCGACUUGCUAAAACGCACUUCGGUCCCAUAUGCAAGACCGAGAGAGACUUCAACAAGUAUUUGGUUUCGACAAUUUCAGCAGCCCCAGUCAAUGUUCGACGCGAAUAUCUCCGCCGGCUCAACCAAAAGCGACAUCGCAUCGUCUUCUGCCACGCUGACCUGUCUCCCGACAACAUUAUUGUCAACGAACGCAUGCAAGUGAUUGGCCUGCUUGACUGGGAAGAUGCGGGCUAUUAUCCAGAGUACUGGGAAAACAUCAAGUUUUAUUCUCGCCCCGAGAUGGUGAAUGGAUGGCACGACUAUGGCAAAUAUAUUCUACCCCAUUCCUAUGACGAAGAAGUCAGGGACUUUCUCGAGUUCCCGGAGCUGAUUGAGGAUUUUUCGGUUAUGGUUAAAAGGCUGGUCGAUUGGACCAACCUUGAAUUUGGACCUGGCUUUCAAUCGGCGACUGUGGAUGGGUGGUUUAACCAGAUUGCACCUCAAGUGCCAACGUCAUAG